AUGGCGUCGGUCAUGGAGACGUUCAAUGCCACGAGCACCGCCAUCCCACACACCGUCUACGCCAACAUCGCCGCCGCGAGUCCCGGCUUCCUCACCAAAGCCCUCGACAGCGCCACGCUCCUCACCAUCUUUACCGCGUUCCUGGCCCUCUUCCUGGCCGCCGUCGUCUACGAUCAAUUAUCCUACUGGACACACAAGGGCCCGCUCGCAGGCGAUGCCUGGAAGAUCCCCUUUGUUGGCCCCUUCCUCGAGAGCGUCAACCCGCAAUUCAGCAAAUACCAUGAGAAAUGGCUCUCCGGCGCCCUCUCCUGUGUCUCCGUCUUUCACAAGUUUGUCGUCAUCGCCGCCACUCGCGAUAUGGCGCGCAAGGUGUUGAACAGCCCGGCAUAUGUCAAGCCUUGCGUGGUGGAUGUGGCACACAAGCUACUACGACCCGAGAACUGGGUCUUCCUGGAUGGAAAGGAGCAUGUCGAGUACCGCAAGGGCCUCAACGGUCUCUUCACCCGCAAUGCUCUCGAGACAUAUCUGCCCGGUCAGGAGGAGGUCUACAACGAAUACUUUGAGGAUUUCCUCCGCGAGAGUCAGGCGGCGGGAGAGCCCAAGGCAUGGGUCUACUACCUCCGAGAGUUGAUGUGUGCCGUGUCAUGCCGGACAUUCGUGGGACACUACAUGUCUCGCGAGGGCGUGAAGCGGAUUGCGGACGAUUACUACAACAUCACCGCGGCGUUGGAGCUCGUCAACUUCCCCAUUAUCCUCCCAUUCACCAAGACAUGGUAUGGCAAGAAGGCUGCCGACAAGGUGCUGGAAGCGUUCGCAAACUGUGCCGCCAAGGCUCGCGUUCGCAUGAGGCAGAAGGGAGCGCAGCCCGAGUGCAUCAUGGACCGAUGGCUCAUGCAGAUGAUCGAGUCGGACCAAUACCGCGAGCGCAUCGCCAAGGGCGAAAAGGYGCCUCAAGAAGAGAAGCCUGCCAUGUUGUUGAGGAACUUCUCCGACAUUGAAAUCUCCAUGACCGUCUUCACCUUCCUCUUCGCUUCCCAGGAUGCCACGUCCAGUGCCGCUUCGUGGAUGCUUCAGAUCUGCGCCGACCGUCCCGACGUUCUGGAGAAGGUCCGAGAGGAAGGUCAACGUCUUCGUCCCGAUCCCAACCAGCCAGUAUCGCUGGAGACAUUGGAGAAGAUGGAAUAUACCCGCGCCGUCGUCAAAGAAACCCUCCGAUACCGCCCACCCGUACUGAUGGUCCCCUACCUCGUCAAGAAAGACUUCCCCAUUCCGGAAGCCAACUACGUGGCGAAAAAAGGCACCAUGAUCAUCCCCUCCACCUGGCUCUCCCUCCACGACCCGGAAGCCUACUCUUCACCCGACGAAUUCAUCCCCGACCGAUGGAUCACAGGCAACGCGGAAGAGCAGGGCAAGAACUGGCUCGUCUUCGGCACCGGCCCACAUUACUGUCUGGGACAGACAUAUGCCGUGUCGAAUUUGAUGUUGCUGUUGCAUAAAUUGAGCUCGAGCUACGAGUGGCAUCACAAAAUCACGCCGACGAGCGAGGAGAUUAAAGUCUUUGCGACAAUUUUUCCCAUGGAUGAUUUGUUACUGAGCUUUAACCGCAGGGAGGAGGCGCGGGUGUAG